AUCCUAGAAAGUGGAUUCCUCGGCGAAUGUAACAUGCAGUAUCUGAACUGGUUCAAAGAGGGACAAACCUAACGCAACAAUCGCUCAGAACUCACGAGAUGGAGAAAAAUUCAUAAUGCCUGACGGAACAGUCAUACCGAAGAAUGGCACUGAAACUUUCGGUUUUUGGCUGCCACAUGGCUUAGAGGGCACGGACAAUGUGAGAUUUGCGGCUCAGGUUCAUCAGUGCAAGGAACGGUUCAACAAGAUCGAAGAAGCGUUUCGAGAGGUCGAGGGGGUUCCUAGAGAGAAGUUGUGGCUUGAGUCUGAACAGGCCGAGGUCUUCGAGCAGCAUCCCGAGCUUUUGCCUGGUGAUGAAAAUGACACCCUCCCCCCCCAAACACGAAGUAGUAGUAUUGUUCUCACUGGCAUGGAUGUCUCUGGUCUGUAA